GCGCGGUCGUGCACACCGGGCCUUGGCGUCCGUCCCGCGGCCUCACCGCUGCCGACGCAACCCGAGAGGCCCGCCUCGUGUCCUCCGUCGCCGCGGCACUCGACCGACGCGACGUCCCCGACGGGGACACCGCGCUCCAGCUCGCGGUCCGGCUCCAGCUCCCCUCCAUGGCCUCUGUGCUCGCCGUCGCGGGGGCGGACCCCACCCUGCAAAACCACGCCGGGUGGACCCCCCGCUCCAGGAGGCGCUCUGCCUCGGGUGCAGGGACCAACGCGGGCGGCCGCGGACUGCCCCCGGGCUCGCUGCUCGUGCUCCACCGCGGCCGCCGUGAGGUGGACGUUGCGUUUUGCCGUGGCCUCGGCAGCGGGCGACGGGGGAACCGUCACAUCCGACGCGUCCGCCUACCGGCCGGGCCGACGUCGUCCUCAUCCAACACGGGUACGUCGCUGCUACGACGCGGGACACCACCUCCGCCUUCUCUCGCCAUCCUUGGCGCCGUCGUCCACAUUGUCGUCGGGCCGGCGUCGCUCGGCCCGUCCACCCCACCGAGCCGCCGAACCCGCCGCAUUGAGCGAGGAUGCCUCGCCACAGCCACCACGAGCCGCCCCCCGCUCGCCUGCUGCUGCGAAUGCGGCUGCGCGGCACCGUGCUACUACCCUACAUUCGUCUCGGCCCCGCCCAGCUCCACCGCGUCCGACCACCUCCUCCUCAGCUCCCUAGCGCCCGCCCAGCCUCCGCCACAGCCACAGCCCCCAGGCCCAGCCGGCGCCGGCACACUGCCGCCGCCUCCUCCCGCCACACACCACGCCACGAACCCCUAUCCGUAUCCCUACCCCUACCAGCAUCAAUACCAGUACCAGUACCAGCAGCAUGAGGACAAAACCCACCUACACCCACCCUCCGGCGCCGCCGCAGCCCAACCCAUCCGGCGAUGGAUAGCAGCACCAGCAUCAGGUGGAGCACCACCAGCAUCAGCAGCAUCAGAGGGAGAUGGAGAGCAGCAGCUUCUGCCUGCUACUGCUGCUGCUUCUUCAGCGACGAGCUCGCGGUGUCGUCGAUCCGCAGGUGGACUUGGCCGCUGACAAGCUACGAGCUCCGCCACAAUGGCAAAGCGCGAGCUUGCCCCAUUCCGAUGGCGACCUCAUGACCAUCGCAUCCAGCCACGGCUGAUUUGAGCUACGGGUUGUCCAAGGUGAAAGAGCAGCCUGCACCGACCGGCAUCGAGAACACGACUAACCGGCAGGUACUUGGUGGUAGCAGGUAUGCACUUCAUUUAUGGAUGAUGUUUGUGCUUGCCGGUCCUACUGUUUUGGUUGGUUAAUUGGCUGCAUAAGUGUACCUGCUCAUUCAGUUUUUUUGCUUCAUAUUCAACAUCUUUUGCUGUGUAUAUUGCCUAAAUGCACCCCUUAACUAUUUUAGAGGAGAAACGUUUUUUUUGGUGAGUUGAGAUUCACAGCACUGUUCUGUUCCAUUGGUUCACAACAAUUUAUGCUACGGAUGAAGUAGCUAUUUAUUACUACCAUGCAGUACCUAGGUAUCCAAUUUAGCAAAUAUAGGCUACAAUUGUAUUACUAGCAUGAAGUUAUUACAAGUUUACUACCUGUACCAGUACUUGAAACUCUGAAUAUAUGAUCCAAGGAUUCUUGAUUGUGCUGCUGUGUGCUUCGGUUUUGUCUAGAUUCAGUCACAUAUAUGCUUCGGUGUGGUUGUUAAUUCAGUAAACUACAUGCUUCCGUCACAUAUCAAUUCAGUCAUAUAUAUGGUUGCAUGUUCAUGCUUUAGUUGUCCCUAAAUUCAGUUCAGAUGAAGCUGUCUGGCAUAGUCCAAAAAAUUCAGACAUGGUAGAUUAGUAAUUGUUGUAGUAGAAUGGGCCUCUUUUUUUUGGGAGAAUCAGUUCAAAUGAAUCUGUUUGGCACAUAAAAAAAAUUGGAGCUGGCAUAAAAUUUUCUGAAUCUGUUUGACAUGCUUAUUCAGAGUCUUGUUCAGGUGCUCUCCAUUUGCUUGGCCAUCGGUUGGUGCUCUCCAUUUGCUUUCAGUCCGGUUCAAGUGCUCUCCAUUUGUCUGAAUGUAUAGGACUAUCGGUUGGUGUUUGGUGGUGGUGGCUAGGGCGCUGCUGCUGCCACUGCCAUCAGCGUCUUUGGUGAAAGGUGUAUGCGCUUCAUUUAUGGUUGGUUAAUUGGCUGCAUAAGUGUAGCUGCUAAUUCAGUUUUUUUGCUUCCUAUUCAACAUCUCUUCCUGCGUAUAAUGCCUAAAUGCACUUCUCUAACUACUCAACAUCUCUUUCAUGUGCGCAUUGCUUCACGUGGUACCAUGAUUAAGGCAUGAUGUUGUUUAACUAGUUAAUCUGCUCAUUUGAGAUGAAUUUUUAUUGCUGUUUUUAGUAAUUCAAUGUUUAUAUCGAUGCUCAAGUGUGCUAUGAGGGAUGAGGCAGUACUACCAGGGUUUGCUAUCCGAAUAACAACCAGCAGCCUGCUGCUGUGACACCUUACCAGAGACCACACUAUCGCUUUCUUUCCCUUGAAGCUGAGCCUACGCAACGUCCUGGUGCUAACUACGCUCACCAUCGAAGCCAGCUACAAUCUUCAUGCUCAGUAGGUACACCGGGGCAACCGGCAAUUGGGGGUAGCGUUGGGCGGUAUGCGCGUGCCGCAGUGGUCAUCGGUACCACAUCCGCGACUUCCUCCGCAAGCAGUAGUCGAUAGCAUGUGGAGGUCCUGGAGGAGUGGAGGAGGAAUGUGAGAGGAAUGUAUUAGCAAGGUUGUAUGAAGGGGGUACUAGGGUGUACUAGGUAGCAAGGUUGUAUGAAGGUUGUAUGGAGUAUUAGCAAGGUUGUAUGAAUGGGUACUGGGGUGUACUGGGUAGGAGGUUGUAUAAGAGGAAUGCAUAUAGUAAAUAAUUUAGAUAUUAAUUGAAGUAUUAUAAACUUGAUUCUUAAAGAGUUUGUCUAUACAAGGAUGUAUAUAUAUA